AUGAGAGGAGAGAUAUGUGGAGUUGUAGAGAUUGAAAUGGAGCAAAACAAAAGGGAAACAGGAGGGUCUGGUGCGGCCCCAGGCCGAUCUGGUGGUUAUGGGGGUGUUGGUGCUGCUUCUAUUGAUGGUGUUGCUGCUCUUCUUGCUGCUGCCGCAGCUAGUGAUGGUGUUGAUGCUCUUGUUGCUGCUGCCGGUACUGAAGGUCUUUCUCUUGAUGUUUCUUCUGGUGAUGCCCCUCAGGGACAGAUUGAAAUGGAGCAAAACAAAAGGGAAACAGGAGGGUUUGGUGCUAUUGAUGGUGUUGAUGCACUUCUUGCUGCUGCCGCAGUUAGUGAUGGUGUUGAGGCACUUCUUGCUGCUGCCGCAGUUAGUGAUGGUGUUGAUGCACUUCUUGCUGCUGCCGCAGUUAGUGAUGGUGUUGACGCACUUCUUGCUGCUGCCGAUACUCAAGGUCUUGCUCCUGCUGCAGGCUCUUCCCAGUCUGCUGGAGGGAAUAAAAGGAGGAACUAUCGCCACAAUCAGGAGCAAAUCAAUGCAAUGGAAAUCUACUUCAAGGACCAUCCACACCCUGACCAGAACCAAAGAAAUGACCUUGCAAUGAGCUUAGGCUUAGAUCCCACUCAAGUUAAGUUCUGGUUCCAAAACAAGCGCACUCAACUAAAGAAUCAAAGUGAACACGAGAAAAAGGUCGCUCUUCUCUCGGAGAAUUCAAUGCUUCGAGCUGAAAUUCAACAUUCUACCGAGGCCUUGAGAAGAAGUAGGUGCCAUGAAUGUAGUGGCAGUUUAAUGGACCAAGAAAACAAUCUAAGAAGAGAAAAUAUCCGUUUAAAAGAAGAGCUAGAGAUGCGAAAAUCAAUUUUAGCAAACCUUUUGCACGGUCAGAAUCCGCAAGACCUCCCAAAAGAAUUACAACAAUACACCUCCGAGUUAUCUCAGAACGGAGCAAACCUCUCAUUUCCGCAUCAUAAAAAUGCUUGA